GACAGCGGGCACUGGGUCACCAGGCAUCAGGUCAUUUGGCUUGCCAGCGGGCACCGAGUCAACAGGCACGACAGUGGGCACCGGGUCACCAGGCAUUGGAUCGUCUGGCUCGACAGCGGGCAUCGGGUCAUUUGGCUUGCCAGCGGGCACCGCGUCAUCUGGCAAGGCAGUGGGCACCGGGUCACCAGACAUUGGAUCGUCUGGCUCGACAGCGGGCAUCGGGUCACCAGGCAUCAGGUCAUUUGGCUCGCCAGCGGGCUCCGCGUCAUCUGGCAAGGCAGUGGGCACGAGUCACCAGGUACGACAGCGGGCUCUGAGUCAAUUGGCACGACAGCGGGCACCGGAUCAGGUACCGGAUCAUCUGGAUCAACAGCGGGCAUCGAGUCAACUGGC